GCUUUAUUAUAGUUAAAGCAUAAUUACUUGCAUAAAUCUUCGAAAUAAAAACAAACGUCGAUACGUGAUCGUAAAGAGAAAGAAUAAUAGAUAAGAUCUGUAAAUUUGAAAUGAAACGACAUUAAACUUUGUAUCAUCUUAGAAAGUCUAUAGGUAUUUCUCUUUGUAUACGUAGAAACGAUCUUAAGCACCAAACGAUAAAACCUUGAGAGUCUUGAGGAGUCUGGCCAGUGCCUUCCCAGACGUGGAUCCGUAAACUACGUGAAAUCGGUGUCUUUGACGCGUUCUGUGCGUCAUCAGUUAAUUCAAUUUCGAUAGACCGGACGUAUCUCUCAUAAAAUACAUAUUUGAAUAUAACGUGAGAAAUGGUUACGAUUGUGAAAAAAAGUGCGAAUUAUUACACUCACUUCUUAUAUUUCUUUUUUACUAUCGAUCAAAUUUAUCAGAAACAUACCAGAAAAGUCAUUUGAAAACGAAAUUCUUAACCCAACACGUGUGGUGUUACAUUAGAUCUCUGUUUUUUUUUUUCUUUUUCGAAAGACGAAUUGGAUCGGUAAAACUGUUCCCUCGAUCCUAUCGAUUGAUCUUCAUGCCGAAUUCUUACUCAUAGUGAAAGCAAACAUUCUGAUAAAAAAAGAAAAGAAAAAAGAAAAAGAAAGGAGAAAAGAGAAAAGAAAAAAAGCACGAAAUCUGAAGGCACGUGAAUAACGUUCUCUGAAUUUGAUGUUCUUAGAAGAUUGCCCACGCCGAAUCUUUCGAAGGAGGAUGAAGUCAUUAAUUUACACUUUAUAAACGUACUUUCCAACGUCGAACGAGUCAGAUAAUGUCAAGAAUUCGAAUGUAUCCGAUUGGUGAGCUUGUCCGCGUGCAUCGAAACUUUCGAAAAAGUGUGUGUUAAAUUAUUGUCGAAGAAACAGAAAGAUAUACUCGAACGGACAAUUCGAGCUUGUCUAUUGAAGUGCCGUAAUCGUUAUAGUCAAGGAUAAUUCAAUAGAAAAUACGCUUGUCCAUUUGGAAAUCUAAUAUAACUGGUAUAUAUGAUAGUAUUACUGAUAACCAACUGAAGAAAAUAUCAAGGUGAUACGAAAGAUACCCAAGAAUAAGAAAAAGAAUCGACAGAACAAACACAGAAGGUGUGUAACUGUACACCUUGAUUGUUGAUUGUAAUAAAAAAGAAAAAAAAAACAAAAGGAAAAGAAAAAGAAAUCGAUUAAACAAUAUGUCAAUCAUUCAUAAACGACAAAUGGUCUUUGUUUUUCGACGUUGUACGCACGAAACUCAUAAGAUUUCUUAAGACCGAUCGUUCGAAAGGCGAACGAUUUUUUUUUUCAGUGUAUUUCUUCAUUAGAAAAAGAAGACAAUUCGACAUGCAUCGAGUUAACAUUUUGACAAGAAAUUUCUGCAGUAUUAUGCACAACUUAUCAUCUUCGUUUUUGUCAUUCUUCGUUUUAAAUCUCGUUCUAAUAUCGAGAUUGAUUACCGUCGACAGUAUAAUGCCCGUCAUUCAUUCUAUACCAUUGCAGAAUGAUACGUUUAUUCCUGGAGAAUAUAAAGAUCUACCACUGGUAGGAAAAUGUUGUCCGACGGAUCAAACAUUGAUUUUAAAUAAAGAUCAAAGUUUAAAAUGCAUUCCAUCGAAUACAUCGGAAUUAAUAUUCUCACCACCUUUUUGUGAAUACAAUUCGUCUGGUAUUUGGGUAUCAGGUGACGAACGCGAACGUUUCGUUGCAUUCGUUGGCGAUCCUUGUCACUAUAAAAGAUACUUGCUAUUAUCAGAAAGCAAGGACGAAAUUGAGCAUUAUCUUUUACUUAACGGUUCAAUUUAUUUACGUGACUCUAUUCCUCGAAUGAUGAUGCCUGGCGUAGAUUAUUGCAUGGAAAUCAUUCCAACGUUAGGUCUGGUAACAGUGGUGUGCUUUUCGAAAGACGAUAAAAUAUUGAUGGCAGAUACUCGGAUAAUAUUUUAUGCCUCUGGACUUUUAAUAUCCGUACCAUUUUUAAUACUCACCAUAAUAGCCUUCUCAAUAACUCCCAGGUUGAGAGACGUAUAUGGAAAAAUACUUUGUCAUUAUUGCGGAUGUCUUGCUUUAGCCUUCACUGGUUUAGCCAUUACGCAACUUGGUGGUGUACAUUGGGAAGGUCAUACAUGUAUAUGCAUAGCCUUCGUCAUCCAAUUCUCGUUCGUCGCAUGUUAUUUCUGGUUGAACGUAAUGUGCAUCGAGACAUGGUUAUUGAUACGAAAUCACGUUCAUCAUGGUGCCUACCAAAGAAUAAAACCUAAUGUACUCUUUUUUUAUUACUCGAUAUGGGCUUGGGGAUUUUCAGGUAUUUUUAUUCUUUUAUCUAUAGUAAUGGAUCUCAACCCGACGAUACCAACGAUAUACAUAAAGCCAAACUUCUUUAGCGACAGCGAUAGCUGUUGGUUUAAAUCGGACACCAAGACGAUGCCAUUCUUUUUUGUACCAGUCGGUUUACUCUUACUAGUCAAUUUAAUAUUUUUUAUCUUAACGGGAAUCACUAUAAGACGAUACCAAAAAGAUCUCGCACUUAGACGAUUAGCUAGAAAUCAAGAAUCCGAUCGGCAAGACCAAAGGAUGUUUCGUAGUUUGAAAAGAACAUUUAUAGUCUGCAUAGUAUUAUAUUCAUUGAUGAGUUUAACUUGGACCAUGGAAUUGAUAUCCUGGUGGACCGGUGGUAAUCCUUUCGAUUGGUCAGUCUACGAUCUAGUAAAUGCUUUACAAGGUCUUCUUGUUUUCGGUCUCUUCGUACUUCGUAGACCUGCUAGAGACUUUAUCUGGUGUAGAAUACAAAAGCUUCGUGGUAUCGAUGUCGUCGAACCACAAACUGAUACCGCUGCUUUUAGUCUUCUUACGGUUAUAAAUUAAAAAAAAAAAAAAAGAAAAAAGAAAAUUACCAGCCCUCAUAAACAAGUGAUAAUAUGAUCUUUAUAAAGACUAUUUGGUAUUAUGUAAUUGACAAUUGUAUUUGUGUCUCGUGCAUCUAAGUUUUAUAUUAAAACGAUUAAAUAUAAUAUAUAUAUAUAUAUUUAACGUCAAAUUCAAUUCGACAACGAACUGAUAAAACAAAGAUUAGAAUUAAUAUAAUUAUUUAACGAAUUUAAAUCGAUUAUUAUUAUAUAAAGAGGAAUGUUCUUUUAUGUUAAACUUUAAUACAUAAACCUAUUUUCUCGAUCUGUUAAAAAAUUGUACGAUUAUUAGAUUUUUACGUAAUUUUAAAAAAAAAGAUUCAGAUAUAGGAGAGCAUUUAAAAAAAAUUCUAAAGAAAUUAUGCAACAAUCUAAUAACAACAUGUUUUCUCACCAUGCUCAGUUAUAUUGGUGUAUAACUUAGUGUUAUCUAUAUAUCCGUACAUUUGUUAUCUAACCAUUAGAAGAAGUAUGUCAUUAAUUCUAACAUUUUCAUUAUUAGAUGAUCUCUCUUUUCGUUAUUAAAUGAUCGUUUUAUCGAUUGAAUUGUAAACAGACCUUGGAGAAAUCAUGUAAAUUGCAUCGUCGUACACUUAUUAUCGUUACUUCAUUACAAUAUAUUAUACACUAUUUUAAUGUUAUUCAAUGUCUGUUUGACAACCAUUAUUAUUUAUUUAUAUCGUCUAAUUGUAUUUAAAUACAACCGAGCGUGUAAAUAUUUUAAUGAUAAUAUUUUUCUUAAUAAAAAUAUUUAUACGAA